UCAGUUAUCGUUCAUCAUUCAUCGUUGCCUCAUAAGAGCGUAAGGGAAGCGACAAGCGGUCGACGACGUCGCCGUCUCCUCUCUCGAAACUCGUAAGCGCUUACCUCCGCCGGGUGCCCGCCAUCGUCGAUCGCUGCCGCCUCCAGGGAAAGAGAACCAUUAAAAGGAUUUCGGAAGCAGGGAACCUCUGUUUCACCGCACCCGGUGUAAUGAUAAAGAAGGCGAGGACGUUCCCCACCAAAGGCACACGGGAUUGAUGCCCACCACCGGCCGGCCGGCCGUCCAUCCCGCCUACCUUCCCCUGUAGUUGAUUGAUUCUUGGAGUUGCUAUUUGAGGUCUGCUCAGUGAAGGAGUUGCGGUUUGAGGUUCUUGGAAGCCAUGGGUUUCAAGCCGCUGGUCUGGUACUGCCAGCCAGAGAAGAAUGGAGCUUGGGCGAAGGUGGUUGAAAACGCAUUUGGUGCGUACACACCCUGUGGCAUGGAGAGCUUGGUCGUUUGCAUCUCUCAUUUGGCCCUUUUUGGUGUCUGUUUCUAUCGAAUAUGGAGGACCAAGAGGGAUCUCACCGUCCGGCGAUACUGUCUGAGGUCUCCAUAUUAUAAUUAUUUGUUGGGCCUGGUUGCUGCGUACUGCACAGCGGAGCCGUUGUUUAGGAUGGUAAUGGGCUUUUCGAUCACAAACUUGGAUGGACACACAGGUCAGGCUCCCUUUGAGGUACUUUCACUGCUCAUCGAGGCUGUUGCUUGGUGCUGCAUGUUUGUGAUGAUAGUACUGGAGACGAAGAUUUAUAUUCACGAGUUUCGGUGGUAUAUCCGUUUCAUAGUUGUCUAUGUACUGGUUGGUGAAAUUUCUAUGUGCAAACUUGUUCUCUCUGUGAGACAAUACUAUGACAAAUCGAUCUUUUACCUGUACACCAGUGAGAUCGUGUCCCAGUUUUUGUUUGGUAUCCUUUUGCUGGUCUAUGUUCCUAGUUUGGAUCCUUAUCCUGGCUAUACUCCAAUUAGAACUGAGGCAUUGAUUGAUGACAUGGACUAUGAACCACUUCCUGGAGGGGAGCAGAUUUGUCCUGAGAGGAAGGCCAACAUACUUUCCAGAAUAUUCUUUUCAUGGAUGACUCCUCUCAUGCAACAAGGCUUUAAGAGGCCCAUCACUGAGAAAGAUAUUUGGAAAUUAGAUUCAUGGGACCAGACAGAAAUACUGAAUAGCAGGUUUCAGCAAUGUUGGGCUGAGGAAUCUAGGAAACCCAAACCUUGGCUGUUGAGAGCAUUGCACCGCAGCCUUGGGGGAAGAUUUUGGCUUGGUGGCUUUUUCAAGAUUGGUAAUGAUGCAUCUCAAUUUGUUGGUCCAUUAAUUUUGAACCGUCUUUUGCUGUCCAUGCAACAAGGGGAACCGGCAUGGCAUGGAUACAUUUAUGCUUUCUCAAUUUUUGCUGGAGUGUCAUUGGGAGUCUUAUGUGAAGCACAAUACUUUCAGAAUGUCAUGCGUGUUGGCUUUAGAUUGAGAGCUACCUUGGUUGCAGCUGUGUUUAGGAAAUCAUUACGAUUAACCCAUGAGAGUCGCACUAAAUUUUUAUCGGGAAAGAUUACCAACUUGAUGACAACUGAUGCAGAGUCACUUCAGCAAGUGUGCCAACAGCUCCAUAGUAUAUGGUCAGCUCCUUUUCGGAUUACCAUUUCAGUUAUUCUUCUUUACCAGCAGCUGGGAAUUGCAUCUCUUGUUGGUGCAUUUGUGCUGGUUCUUCUAAUUCCUAUACAGACAUUUGUGAUAAGCAAAAUGCAGAAACUUUCAAAGGCAGGUUUGCAACAUACUGACAAGAGAAUUAGUCUUAUGAAUGAAAUAUUGGCUGCUAUGGACACAGUGAAAUGUUAUGCGUGGGAGAAAAGCUUCCAGUCAAAAGUUCAGAGUAUUCGUAACGAUGAGCUUUCAUGGUUCCGCAAGGCUCAGCUGCUAGCAGCGUUCAAUAGUUUCAUUCUGAACAGCAUUCCAGUUUUGGUUACAGUGGCCUCUUUUGGGGUGUAUUCUCUUCUUGGAGGGGAUUUAACGCCUGCAAAGGCAUUUACAUCACUUUCAUUGUUUUCAGUGUUAAGAUUUCCUUUGUUCAUGCUUCCGAAUCUAAUAACUCAGGUUGUCAAUUGCAAUGUCUCACUUAAACGUCUAGAGGAGCUUCUCCUAGCUGAAGAGAGAAUUCUUUUGCCGAAUCCACCUCUUGAACCACAGCUUCCAGCAAUCUCAAUCAAGAAUGGAUACUUCUCUUGGGAUUCAAAGGCAGAGAGGCCUACACUAUUCAAUGUGAAUGUGGACAUACCUGUUGGUAGCUUGGUUGCAAUAGUUGGAAGUACCGGAGAAGGAAAAACAUCUUUAAUAUCAGCAAUGCUAGGAGAACUACCACCGGUGGCUGGAACUGAGACAUCAGCGGUCAUACGAGGAACUGUUGCUUAUGUUCCACAAGUUUCAUGGAUAUUCAAUGCUACUGUACGUGACAACAUAUUGUUUGGAUCUCCUUUUCAACUAUCACGCUAUGAGAAGGCAGUUGAAGUUACUGCAUUACAACACGACCUUGAUUUGCUCCCAGGUGGUGAUCAUACGGAGAUUGGUGAAAGAGGAGUCAAUAUCAGUGGUGGGCAAAAGCAAAGAGUUUCCAUGGCAAGGGCAGUAUAUUCAGAUUCGGAUGUAUAUAUAUUCGAUGAUCCUUUGAGUGCACUGGAUGCUCAUGUUGGUCGACAGGUUUUUGAUAAAUGCAUCAAGGAUCAACUGAGAAAUAAAACUCGAGUCUUGGUAACAAAUCAGUUACAUUUUCUACCAAAUGUGGACAAAAUUAUCCUGGUUCAUGAAGGAAUGGUGAAAGAAGAAGGUACAUUUGAAGAACUUUGUUCUAGUGGAAUACUAUUUCAAAAAUUAAUGGAAAAUGCUGGGAAAAUGGAAGAGCAUGAAGAAGAAAUACAAGGUGAAAGUGCUGAAGAGAAUGCAAAAUCUUCUGAAAAUGGAGAGGUCACAAAGAUGGUGAAUGCUUUAUCAAAGAAGGAAGAGAAACCGAAUAAAGGGAAAGAAGGAAAAACUGUGCUUAUCAAACAAGAGGAACGUGAAACAGGUGUUGUUAGUUUGAAGGUUCUGGCGAGGUAUAAGAAUGCGUUGGGUGGAAUGUGGGUUGUUCUUAUACUUUUCUCUUGUUAUACCUUGACUGAAAUUCUACGGGUUUCAAGUAGCACAUGGUUAAGUGUUUGGACAGAUCAGAGCUCUCUAAAGAGCCAUGGGCCUGGAUUUUACAAUUUGAUUUAUGCAUCUCUUUCUUUUGGUCAGGUACUUGUGACUCUGACAAACUCUUAUUGGCUCAUUACUUCAAGCCUUUAUGCAGCCAAGAGGUUGCACGAUGCCAUGCUUCACUCUAUAUUAAGAGCCCCAAUGGUGUUCUUUCAUACCAAUCCACUUGGACGCAUAAUUAAUAGGUUUGCGAAAGAUCUUGGUGAUAUUGAUCGCAGUGUUGCAGUCUUUGUUAAUAUGUUCCUUGGACAAAUCUCGCAACUUCUCUCAACUUUUGUUUUAAUUGGCAUCGUGAGCACUACUUCUCUGUGGGCAAUAAUGCCACUUCUGAUUUUGUUCUAUGCAGCCUAUUUAUAUUAUCAGAGUACAGCACGUGAAGUGAAGCGUUUGGAUUCCAUUACUAGAUCACCCGUUUAUGCACAAUUUGCAGAAGCAUUGAAUGGUUUAUCAACAAUCCGAGCAUACAAAGCAUAUGAUAGAAUGGCUAGUAUCAAUGGUAAAUCAAUGGAUAAUAAUAUAAGAUUUACACUUGUUAAUAUGGGUGCUAAUCGGUGGCUUGGCAUUCGGUUGGAAACAUUGGGAGGCAUCAUGAUAUGGUUCACAGCUACUUUUGCUGUCAUGCAAAACCAACGUGCAGAAAAUCAGAAAGCAUUUGCAUCAACUAUGGGUCUACUUCUUACUUAUGCUUUGAACAUUACCAACCUACUUACAGCUGUUCUAAGACUUGCAAGUCUUGCUGAAAAUAGUUUAAAUGCUGUUGAGCGAGUUGGAACUUACAUAGAGUUGCCUUCUGAAGCUCCUGCUGUUAUUGAAAACAAUAGACCACCUCCAGCUUGGCCAUCAUCUGGGACUAUCAAAUUUCAAGAUGUCGUUCUUCGUUACAGGCCAGAACUUCCCCCUGUUCUUCAUGGCAUAUCAUUUACAAUUGAAGCAAGUGAAAAGGUUGGAAUAGUUGGUAGGACUGGGGCUGGUAAAUCUAGCAUGCUCAAUGCUUUGUUCCGCAUAGUGGAGAUGGAAAGAGGAAGAAUAUUUAUUGAUGAUUGUGAUGUUUCUAAGUUUGGCCUUUGGGAUUUGCGAAAAGUGCUUGGAAUUAUUCCACAAUCACCAGUUCUAUUUUCAGGAACUGUCCGAUUUAAUCUGGAUCCCUUCAGUGAGCACAAUGAUGCAGAUCUUUGGGAGGCUUUAGAGAGGGCACAUUUAAAAGAUGUCAUUCGGAGGAAUUCAUUGGGACUUGAUGCAGAGGUUUCAGAAGCAGGUGAGAAUUUCAGUGUUGGACAAAGACAACUUCUGAGUCUUGCUCGAGCAUUGUUAAGGAGAUCAAAGAUUCUUGUUCUGGAUGAAGCAACAGCAGCGGUGGAUGUUAGGACUGAUUCUCUUAUUCAGAAAACAAUAAGAGAAGAGUUCAAAUCAUGCACAAUGCUCAUUAUAGCUCAUCGUCUGAAUACCAUCAUCGACUGUGAUCGAAUUCUUCUCCUCAGUGCCGGACAGGUUUUGGAGUUUGACACUCCAGAGACCCUUCUAUCAAAUGAAGAAAGUGCUUUCUACAAAAUGGUUCAGAGUACUGGUGCUGCCAAUGCCCAGUAUUUACGGGGUCUGGUCUUUGGAGCGGGGGAGAACAGGUCGAGAAGGGAGGAGAUCAAGAGACAAGAAGGUGAACGGAGAUGGCUGGCGUCUUCACGCUGGGUAGCUGCUGCCCAAUUUGCACUUGCGGUCAGCCUGACAUCCUCACAGAAUGACCUCCAUCAGCUGGAGAUUGAUGAUGAAAACAACAUCCUUAAUAGAACAAAGGAUGCCGUGAUCACAUUGCAGAGCAUUUUGGAAGGGAAGCAUGACACUGAAAUCGAAGAAAAGCUUGAACAGCACAAUGUCCCUAGCAGUAGAUGGUGGUCAUCACUCUAUAAAGUGGUUGAAGGUCUUGCAAUUAUGAGUAAACUGGCACGGAACCGUCUCCAGCCUGGUUCCGAAUUUGAAGACAAUUCAAUCGAUUGGGACCAAGUGGUGAUGUAGCAAAUGCAGUCAUCUUCCCUCGAUGAUCGCCGGAGUUUGGGAGGAUUCAAUGGUGCUUUUAGUGCAGAUGCAUAACCAAGAAUUGCUCCCUCGGUAAGCAGGUGAUUUGAUUGUUCAAAACACUGAUCUGCUUUUGUAUGAGGUGUCAAGUAGUCUUCAAGAACAAAGAUGUUAGUUAGUGUGCUUCUUUUGACAAAGGGAUGAGUUAUAAAUCAGACUACAACAAUAUGCAUUUACAUUAACAACUAUAAAAGGCCAAUGCAGUUAGCCUCC